AUAAUGACAGUGUUAGAGUACGUACUGUAUGUGCAUUUUGUGACCUAACAUUCGUGGUUGUGAGACACACAUGCAUUCCUUCUCAUGUUCUGAGUGGUCAGCUGUUUGAUUGGCACUCUGUAAUAGUCCAUUCAAUUUUAAUUACUGAAUCAAAAUUCUAAUUAAAUCCUUCAGAAUUCUAGGAUUCAGCAAAGACACAUGUACCGGUAUUUGUGUCUUUUUUUUGUAUGGAAAUCACUGUGCUAAACAUUUAUUCUUCAUUUUUCUUUUUUACUAUUUAUGGUAAAAAGUAUUAUUAUUUAUACAUGUAGUUGUUAGAACGGAAUUUUUGAGUUGGCUGUUUAAUUUUCCAUUGGAGAAGCUUACAGAAAACAUGAACAUUAUCUGCAGAACUAGGCCAAGGCUUAGAGUCAUAUCAACUGUCAUUUUUGGAAAACAGCAUAUUUUUCACAAACAUAGUUUGGUGGAAGCACCAGUUUAUUAUUCAACCAGCUCCAUAAGUACUCUCUCAUCUGGAAGGAGUCUUUUCAACAAAAACCUGCAUCAAAUUUCCCACCAACAAAGAUGGGAUUCAUUCAAGAGACAUCUUGCAACCAUUAGUGAACAGCAGAUGUUUUCGCAGCAUGAGGAUUACCUGGAACUGAUAUCAGUAGAGGGCGAUGAUGCUCUAAAGAUUCCUUAUGUGUGGCUUCGAGAUCAUUGCAGAUGUUCUGAGUGUUACAGUCAUGACACAAAUCAACGUAACUUUGAUGCAUUCAAGACUGACAUCCAAGAUGAAAGUCCAACUGAUAUUCAAAUUGAUAACCAAUCAAUCAAUAUUACCUGUAAGUUGACAUCAAAUUUAUUUACUUUUUAAAAAGGGACAGCACACAGACUUGCCCAAGUAUCUGAUACACAAAUCAGUAACCUAGGACAUGUUGACUGGUGGACAAAUUGUCCCAGUACACCAGGGGAAAUUCUUGGCCUGACAUUGCAAAGGUUAAUUUAGUCUUAAAAUAGAUUAAAGGGCCUAA